CUGAGACCAGAUAUAAAAAUAGAUGGUAGUGGGGGCGGAGCACAAGUGCGGAAGAAUAGUGGGUGGCGACCGACGUUCUCCACUGGUGUAGGAUUGUUGGAUCAAUCAUGUCUUUCUCUCUCGUCUCCUUAUCAUCCUCUUCUUCUCCCGCCUCCAAUUCCUUUUCUCUCAGAAAAAUUCCCCCAUUUUCCGACCUUUUUUCUCCAUCCUCCACUUUCUCUUUUGGCUCCUCAACCCUCAAUUCAUCCAUUUUUAACCGCACACACAUACUUUCUCAUCCUCUCACAUGUUGUCUCCCAUUCAAUUCCAAUUCCAAUUUUUCUUCCAUGUCUAGUGACAGCGACGGCACCUAUGCAGAUGGUUUGGUCGAUUCUACUCCUUCUUCAACUGAUGAGUUAGCUGUUUCUGAUUCCGACGACGAAGACGAACCCCACCCACACCAUGACAAUGAAUCCCCUGCCUCCUCUCCACAAGGAUGGCAUGUUUUGGGCCUCGGCCAAGCUAUGGUGGAUUUCUCUGGCGUGGUUGAUGAUGAAUUUCUCGAUAGACUUGGGUUAGAGAAGGGUACUAGGAAAGUAGUGAAUCAUGAAGAAAGAGGCAGAGUUUUACGAGCCAUGGAUGGAUGCAGCUACAAAGCUGCUGCUGGCGGUUCUCUUUCUAACACCUUGGUGGCCUUGGCAAGGCUUGGUGGUCAAACCAUCGGCAGACCUUCCUUGAAUGUUGCCAUGGCAGGUAGUGUCGGAAGUGAUCCUUUAGGUGAAUUCUACCGAUCAAAACUCCGCCGAGCAAAUGUGAAUUUCCUUUCAGCACCAGUUAAAGAUGGAACAACAGGAACUGUUAUUGUUCUCACAACUCCGGAUGCCCAUCGGACGAUGCUUGCAUACCAGGGUACAUCUUCAAGGGUAAACUACGAUCCGUGCUUGGCCAGCUUGAUAUCCAAAACAAGUAUAUUAAUAAUUGAAGGAUACUUAUUUGAAUUUCCUGACACUAUCAAAACGAUUGCCAUGGUAUGCGAAGAGGCUCGGAGGUGUGGCGCUCUGAUUGCCAUCACAGCGUCAGAUGUUACCUGCAUUGAGAGACAUUACGAUGAUUUCUGGGAUAUCAUGGCAAAUUAUGCGGACAUCAUAUUUGCAAACAGUGAUGAAGCAAGAACUUUCUGUCAUUUUCCGUCAAAAGAAAGCCCAGUUUCUGCCACGAGGUACCUGAGCCAUUUUGUCCCGUUUGUUUCAGUGACAGAUGGUCCUAAAGGAUCAUAUAUCGGAGUAAAAGGAGAAGCAGUUUACAUCCCUCCAUCACCUUGUGUGCCAGUAGAUACUUGUGGAGCUGGGGAUGCUUAUGCAUCUGGCAUAUUAUAUGGUUUAUUACAUGGGGUCUCUGAUUUGAGAGGCAUGGGUACAUUAGCUUCUAAGGUUGCAUCUGUAGUUGUUGCACAACAGGGGACUCGGUUGAGAGUACAAGAUGCUGUGAAGUUAGCUCAGUCGUUUUCAUUCCAUAAGGAAAGCUCGAGUAUUAUGUGGUCCGAUGUAGGUUCUGAUCAAAUUUCUAGCUUAUGAUGUGACUCCACAUGAACCCAAACUGUAUGUUGUUCCAUAUUUUUUUAGUUGUUUGUUGUUUAAUGAACCGUAUAUGUACAAACUAUGUUGUAACUAGUUACAUUAGCUGAUUCAGAUAUUUUCAUUAUAUGAGAGAGAGGGAGAAAGAUGGAUAUAAUGAUGAUAUUGGAGAUUUUGUAAAGAUAGUAGAAUAAUUCGAGACAGCAAGCAGCGCGGGAAAUGUUCUAUGUUUAGAACACAUUAUUAACAAUUUUCUUCUAAUCCU